GUUCUUAACAAACAGAGUCGCUCAUUUUAUUUGCAGAAAAAAAAAAGAAAAAAUCGUUUUAUUUUAAUAAAUUAAAUUACUCAAUAUUUAACCAUUCAAGAGUUGUCUAAACUAGCAUAAGUCUAUAGAUUAAUAAUAAAUAUUUCAUUUUCAGUUUAUAAGAACAUUGCACUUAGCCCCAAAAGUUCGAUUAGAAAUGUUUUAUUCACAACACAGUUGUUCGCUCGCGUAGUCACCAUCACCAUCACCAACCAACCAACCAACUCAGUAGUGUCACAUUCUAGCUGCUGCUCUGGCUCUCAGCUCAGUCUCAACUCAAUGAAAAAAGUUCCUUAUAAUAUGAAUAUGUAUAGUCUACUUCUUCUGCUUUAAUUUCGAAAAAAGAAGAAAGAAAAAUUUUAAAUCCUAAAUAGCCAAUUGCAGUGAGGAGAAGGUGAAAGUUUAUAGUGUGUGAUGACUCUUUCCAACAGCCAGUCUUCAAGUGGCACAAGUAAUGCGGACACGUCCACUCAGCAGCAUCAUCAGCAGCAACAUCAUCAUCGAUCAUCCACAAGUAGCAGCAGGCAUUCUGCUAGUGGUGUCGUUGGAGGAGGAGCUGUAGCUUCCUCAGCAGCAGCUGCAGGAGGUAAUCAACCACCGUCUGCACGUCGAAGCGAUUCCGAUCGGACAAAGAACCCGAGGAAUCUGCUGCACUCCAACCAAACGGUUGCUGAGAAAUAUUCUAGAACAUCUCUAGAUUCUUCUUAUCGCAGCAGCAACGUCAUGACUCCGACAUCGACUUCCGAUGACUUGUCGCAGUCGACGACAAAAUCCAAAGAUCAGUAUGUGGACGAGUCAUUGUAUAAAACUGCCCCCGAACUCAUCGAUCCAUCGAUUAUCAGUCGCGGUCCGCCGCUUGCCAUUCGGCGGUACACCAGAUCGGCUUUGUAUCUGCUGCGCAAUGAUAAUCGUUCGCGAUACCGUCCAAAAUGCACCUCGAAGCUGCAAGUUCUGUGCAUCUGGAAGACGAGCAACAGCUCCUAUGCAAAGAGUUCAUCAAUUCCCAUGGAAGUGACUGCGUCUUCGCCGAGACGGACAACUAUCCGAGCAGUCUCAUCUAGCCACGAUGACCCGGACAGCUUGCAACAUCCCAAACACUACUACUUGGACCAUCGGAGCAUUUCGUCAUCGCAUCUGAUGCCGGCAUUUGCCAAGCGCCGCAUCGGCAAUCCAAUGGGCAUAACCAGUCCUCCAGGUGCAGGUCCAUCUGCUGCAGGUGCAGGCAGUGAACCGUUGAAAGUUCAGGGCCCAGCAGGUGGAAAGAAUCCGGAACACAACAAAUUCGUGUCGCCACAGAGGAAGACCACCCAAAGUCAUUCUUCCGAUGGCGAUCGUGACGGGAUGGAUCGGGAGCGUGGCGACAACGAUCGGGAUCGGGAGCGUGAUCGCGAUCGCACCUGGAAUCGCGACAGAGAUUUAAGUUCUUCAACUGCCGCCGGGCCAACUGCUCGCGAACGCAGAAUCGGCAGUGGUCGACUUCAGCUCAGAGAUGUCAUUUGGGACUAUCCCACAGAGAAGGAUACAUCUACUUCGGAGAAGAACCCCCCAAGUGGGUUCCUCAGCGCUCCGUCGGAUUCCAAUAACACGUCUUCGAAUUCACGCUACGAAAACACUCGUCGAUCUCCAACAUCUAAGGACUCCUCCUAUGUGGGAAAUUCGGCAACUGGUCCCGGAGUCAAGAACCCACCACCACCGGGUCGUCAGGAAUCGCGAUUUGACUCGCGAAGGAGUUCGUUUGCACGUGGCGACUAUGAGCGUGAUAAUCGAGGCGACAAUUCCAAUUAUGUGCGACGUUUUAUGUCCGAUUUGAUGAAUCAAAAUGCUAAUAAUAACUUUCCGAGUCAGAAGUCGGGCGGCGAGAAUAGUCGUCGGCGUAAUAAUCGCAACGUCGAACCGGAAUGGUUUAGCGGAGGGCCGACAUCUCAGCAUGACACAAUUGAACUGCGCGGCUUUGAUGAAGUCGAAGAUUCCAAUUCAAACAGCAGUGGAAGUAUUAAAGGUCGAAUUUCGAAGCCAACUUCUACCAAAAAUGACGCCGGAAAAUCACCUAAAGGCAGUGAAAAUGAUUUGCGUCCCAGCAGCAAGAUGAAUAAAGACGAAGAUAUCUCUAACCACAGCGACGACGAAGGAAAUAUAAUGCCACGUGAAACGUUGCCAGAUAAUAAUUUUGAUGCACCACCAAUUCAUAAAACUUCUGGUAACCUCCUAAAAACCGAAUCUGAGUCUCUAGAUCCAAUGGAGCAGAACAAUUUCCUUGGUAAACCAGAUGAUAAACAAGCUGAUACCCAAAGCCAAAAUGAAGAUAAACAAGGAUUCAAUUUUGAUGCUUUCCUCAACGAGGAUUCUUUAAAUAAUUUAUUACUUUUGGGCGAACAAAGUGGUGGAGGAGAAAAAGAAGCCGGAUCACGUUUUAGUCGUUGGUUUGGUCAACAAGCUGAUAAUAAUUCAUCAAAGACCACCACAAAUGGCGACACCCCCAAGCCAGAAGAAAACAUUGUUUCCGCAAUGCUCGAAGAGAAACCCCAACUGACUUCUGUGAAUUUAUCAAACCAAAGUAAUACUCUGAUGGAAUUUCUACAACGAGGUAAAAUGAACAAACAACUCGCACCAGGUCGGCCCAAUUCGCAUUUGAGUCUCGAAGAGCUUGAAGCAAGAAUGCGCAAGGUUGGCACAGAUGAUGUUCCAAUGAUUAAGGAACAGCCAGAUCCAAUGAAAAUGCAUGAUAACCCUUUGAAUCAAUUCCUUGCAAAUAACAAUGUACUUCAACAUCAGCAGCAACAGCAACACCAACAACAACAGCUACAGCAACAAGUCAAGCCGCCAAAUGCUCCUGACGAUGGACAUCCCAUCCACCACCCACAACAUAUCCCGAUAUUUCCAUCCCAUCCAAUUGGUCAUAAUCUAGUGCAGCAACAACAGACCCAAGACAUGGAUGCAUUUAAGAAGCUCCUCGAGCAAAUAACUCCGGCAGGAAAGCCUCCCACCAAUAUAAAGCAAACAAUUGCUCCACUCCAACAACAACAGCAACAAAUGCAUCGCCCUCCACCUCCUCCAGCUCUGUCAAUGCCUCCGCCACCACAUUUCAUGAAAAACGAUGAACUCACUAAGUUUAUUCAUCAACAGCAGCAGCAACAAGUUCAGCAUGGACCACAGCUUGGUGCUAAUAUCAAUCAACAACAACAACAGCAACAACCACAACCAAACGAUCACGCUAUGUUCUUAGCACCUCAACAACGAUUCGAAGCUCAAUUACUCCUCCAAGGAUUGUCUCGCGGUGAAGUCACCCAAAGUGCGCUGGGACAGCAACUUGCAAACCCCAACAUAUCGCCACGUCGAAAAGAGGUCCUAGUGGCUGUUCUAAAGGAGACGUCGCGAGACACUUCUCCAAAUGUCAUUAUGCCACCUGGCCCACAAAUAAUGUCGCCAGUUCUUGGUGGCCAAGGUCAUACUAACUUGAAUAUUCCAUCACAACCGCCACCACUCAUCAUCCCUGGGCCCCCUAUCAAUCAUCCCAUUCAGCCUAUUCCAUCGCCACGUGAGUUGCAGUAUCACACACAAUCGAUCAUGCAAAAUGCUUUGAUUAAAAAGAAAUUGGAGGAACAACAAGAGAACUUUAGGCGUCGCCGUCAAGAAAUACAAAAACAACAACAGCAGCAACAACAACAACAGCAACAACAAGUGCAGCAUAAACCCCCAUCACAAGGUGAUGGCAAUGAUUUUGGAAAUAUCAAUGCAUCACAGCAACAACAACAACAGCAACAAUAUUCUCAAAACCAACAACAUGCUAAGACCCAACAGCAACAGCGCCAUGUUAAUUCACCUACUCCUUUGGCUUUUACCCCAACAUCUGUGCUGAGGAAGAUGACUGCUGAGAAAGAUUCAGUCGGUGGUGUAUUUCAUGCCGCUUCUUCAUCCAACAACGUCACCAGAACCGCCAACACUUCUCCAUUGAUGGUUGCCACCAAUUCUGGACCUGGUAAUUCAAAUUCCAACAAGCCAAUGCAUUCGCUUCUGAUGCAUUUCCAACAACAACAGCAGCAGCAGCAACAGCAAACCAAUGCAUCUCAAAACCAACCACGUAUGAUUUUGGGCAUAGGCAGUCACUCCCAGCAACAGCAACAACAAGGCAUGCCCAUCCUUUCUGGCCCACCCAUUCAGCAGCAACAGCAACAUCAAGACAAUUCCAGAUUAAACCAGAAUCUUCGCAACAACAAUCCCAUGAAGUGGACAGGACCAGGGGCCACAAUUGUAAACCAAGUUCCAACAAAUAAGCCAAUGGGACGACCAAUUCUCAAGGGAAAUCUAACACAGCAAAUGCCAAACGCCGGUUUGAAUCCAAUCCACCAGCAACAACCACCAACUCCACAAAUGGCAUUCGCUUCGAAGAUAGAAUUCCAGCAAAUUCAACAACAGCGUGCCGCCAACAACCAACAACAGCAGCAACUAGGUCACUCCCAGCAACAGCAACAACAACAACAGCAGCAAAAGCAACAGCAACCACUUUCAAUGCCUCCACAGCAACAGCAGCAGCAACAACAACAAUCUCAGAACAUUAUCAUGACACAAUUGUAUCAACAGCGCGCUGCCUUGCAACGAGUUCAACAAUACCAAUUCGAUCAACUCCACCAGCAGCAACAGCAACAGCAGCAACAACAAAUGAACCUAAUCCAAAACAACGGCAACCGCCCAGACCGUAGCGGCAACAAUGCCAUUCAAUCCGCCUGCGGCAACAUCAUCAACUACCAACGCGAUGGUGGUCUAUCUCCAACCAGCAACCAGUUGGCUCGAUGGUUCUCACCUGAGCUCCUGGCACAAGCCUCCGCUGGCAAGUUACCACUUUUGAACAUGAACCAGGCCUUGAGUUUGGAAGAAUUUGAGAAAAGCAUACAACAUUCCUCAACGGCUGCGAAUAAUUAAAAAUUAAACGAUUAAAAAACAAAAAAAAAACAAAGCAAAACAAAAAUUCAACGGUAGUACUUUUCAAACAUAAAUAACAGUAAUAUUUAUAGAAACAUAUUUUGGCAAAACAUUAUUAUUAUUAUUAUUAUUUUAUUCUUUGCAAGAAAAUGUUUCCUCAAUAUUAAAACAAACAAAAAAAAAAAACAAGAAAAGAAAAAAUUGUUAAUUAAAAAAAACAAAAACAAAAGAAAAAUAAAAAUAAAAAUAUUUAAUUAAAAUAGUCACAAAAUACGCUAGUAAGUGUAUUUUUCAUUGAGAAACCUAAUUCAAGGCGCCAAUUAAAGCCCAACAUGAUUUUUAGGUAGUUUUGAAAAAUUAUAUAUAUUAUAUAGCUAUAAACUGUCUUCGAAAGAAUUUCUCUUCAUUACAUUUAUAUAUUUUUUUUGUCUUUUUAUUUUGUAUUUCUUUCUUUUUUUAUAUUAUUUUCUUUUAAUUUAAAAUUUAAAAAAUAAAAAAACAUAUAUAUUCAAUUAUAACUAAAACAAAUAAAAUAGAAAUAAAAAAAAUAAAAAUUUAAAAUACAUUUUAAUCGGAUAAUUGGGGAAUCAUUUUAAGUUCAUUUUAUUUUAGAAUUCAUAUACAAAAAAAAAAAACAAAAAAACAAAAAGAACAGCAAAAAAGAAUAACAUUUAAGUUUGUUAAGACUAAGGAAGUAUAAUUAUUAGAUUUUAAGUGAAUAAAUAAACAUAAAAAACUUACUGCUUA